UUUCCACCGCCGGCCGAGCGCUCCCGGCCCGGUGCUUCCUCCCGCUCAUCUCACUUCCUGAAACACCCCCGAAGAGCACUGCUUAUCUCGAUGGCGCUUCAUUAGCCCUCGGGCCCCGGGAAGGCGGAGUCCUCGGGCGCAUCUGUCUGGGGAACUAAGUGCCACAGCUCUUUCAGAUUCAGCCCACGUAGGGCUGUCCUCCGGGCUCUCGGGGACCUGGGAUGUGUGGCCGGCCGAGCGGCCAGAACUGAUUGCCCCGUGAUGGGCUCUCCCUAAGGACAGGGGCCGUCGGGGAGAACGCUCCAUCGGCCUCGAGAAGGAAUGGGUGAGCUGUGAGUCUGAGACCGCCACUGCUGCGCCCGGACCUCCAGCAAGAGCGCGCGCUCCCGGGCCCGCACGGAUCCCGUUUGUGUGCCUGUCGCCUGGGGAGGCUCCUCGGGGGAACCAAGAUGGCUGUCAACAGCACCGACCCGUUGGUCAGGAUUUCCUACAUCACCGCAGAGGCUGUCAUCGGGCUCUGCGCCAUAGUGGGCAACAUGCUGGUCAUCUGGGUGGUCAAGCUGAACCCCAGCCUGCACACCACCACCUUCUACUUCAUCGUCUCUCUAGCCCUGGCCGACAUCGCUGUUGGGGUGCUGGUCAUGCCUUUGGCCAUUGUCAUCAGCCUGGGCAUCACCAUCGACUUCUAUAGCUGCCUUUUCAUGACCUGCCUGUUGCUGGUCUUCACGCACGCCUCCAUCCUGUUCUUGCUGGCCAUCGCUGUGGACCGAUACCUGCGGGUCAAGCUCACGGUCAGAUACAGGAGGGUCACCACUCAGAGAAGAAUAUGGUGUGCCCUGGGCCUUUGCUGGCUGCUGUCAUUCCUGGUGGGACUGACCCCCAUGUUUGGCUGGAACAAGAAAACGUUCCCAGGGUUGCCCGGAAAUAGCACCUCGCUUCCUUGCCAAUUCCUCUCCGUCAUGAGGAUGGACUACAUGGUCUACUUCAGCUUCUUCACUUGGAUUUUCAUCCCCCUCGUGGCCAUGUGCACCAUCUACCUUGACAUCUUCUGUAUCAUCCGGCGCCGACUCAAUCAGAACUCUUCAAGCUCUAAAGAGACAGGUGCAUUUUAUGGGCGGGAGUUCAAGACAGCCAAGUCUCUGUUUCUGGUUCUCUUUCUGUUUGUUUUGUCCUGGCUGCCUUUAUCCAUCAUCAACUGUGUCAUCCACUUCAAGGGGAACGUGGUACCGGACGUGGUGCUGAACCUGGGCAUCCUGCUGUCCCAUGCCAACUCCAUGAUGAACCCUAUCAUCUACGCUUUCAAAAUAAAGAAGUUCAAGGAAACCUAUCUCGUCAUCCUCAAAGCCUGUAUGACCUGCCAGCCCUCUGCAUCCUUGGACUCAGAUGUUGAACAGAUUUCUUAAUGGUUAUCCAUGAAAGACAAAGGUCUCAGUGAUCUUCAGAUUCAAUGUCAACACACACAUUUUAGGCCCAAUCCACCUGGGCUGAGGUCUUUCGCAUCCUUGAUUCCUUCCACGGGUGCCUCCAGGUGUACCUCUUCUACCACCCUCUUCCUCAAAUUUGAUUUCUUUUUUUUUUUUUUGUCUUUCCUCUCUAACUCAGUUUUCUGAUGCCUGGCUCGAGGAGCAUGUUGUAUUGUUAAUAUCUCCUGUCCUCCCCCUUCUCAAACAGAAGUCACGGAAUCCAAAGGAUACCUCAUUGACUUAACGAAAGGCCCCAUUCAGGCCGCACACCUAUGUGCUGGGGACGCAGUUCCACGCCACGGGGGAACUGAGUGGAGGAGCCGGCUCUCAGCAGAGGCCCGGGAGCCGGUGGGGACAGAAGGAGGGAACUCGGUUGAAGGGGGUGCUUAAAGUAUGGAAUUUGUGUGUACAUGUGUUUGAGUAAAUAAAAGAUGACAGCCA